UACGUAGUAGAUAUGAGCGCCGCGCCGGCGCGCCGCCGUCGCCGUGUCUUAGCGUCAGCGCGCCGCCGUCGAACGAAACGCGCGGCGCGCCGUCGCGACAUGUACAAACCAGUCUACCGCCACUCGACCGACCGAACCGCGUCUGAGCUGCGCUCGCUCAGUCGAGUUUGUCACCGUGGCGAGCGAACGUGUGUUAUAGUUAAGUGACGUAAACAAUGGCGGCAGUGUCUUCGACUAGUAUUGAUGUUUAUAAAACGAAAAUAAAAGACAUUUUUAUAACACCACUGAAAAAUCUUUCUACAAAACAUACACAUAGUUUUUGCUGGACAGAAUUCGGACAAUUAGCAGUAGAAUUUAAUGGAAAACGGAGAGCUGUUUUAAGUGAACAAGUAUUUUGUGGAGUUUGCCUACGAAAUGCAAAAAAUGAAGACGAGAAUUGUUUGUUUUCAAAGGCCCAAGUGAAAGCUUACUCUAAAGGAAUAGCCACAAGUAAUCUUCUCAGACAUUUGAAAGAUGCACAUGGUGUAGAAGAUACACAAAGGUCGCAGCCUUCGAGCAUAACACAGUUUUUUUCUCCGAGGACUCCGACAACCAGUAGCAGUAGUAAGAGGAGCAGCAAUAAGUGGUCUUUGUCUCGAGAUUUAGCUCUUUGGUUUGCUAGAUCUUUGAUUCCAUUUGACAGUGUGGAAAAUGAUGCAAUGAUUGACUUUUUGAAAAAGUACAACAUUAUUGUUUCCGCCGACGAUUUGCCCUCGAGGCACAACAUAGCACGAGAAGGACUGGAAGAUGUGUAUAACAGUAUGCUAGCGUAUGUAAAUAAUUUUAUUUCGAAUCAAAGUCCUCGUUUUGGUGCAUUAACCGCUGAUAUGUGGACCGACCAAUAUAGGCGGCGUAAUUAUAUCACUUGUACGUUUCAUUUUAAUUCUGAAGACAUGACUCUCAUCAAAUUUACUCUGGCUACAAUAGAAAUUACCAAGAAACACACCGGCGAAACAAUCCGUGACACAAUUUUGGAAGUAUUGCGUUCUUUUAAAAUAGACCAAAAAAAUAUUUAUUUGGUCACAGAUGCAGGUGGCAAUAUGAAGAGAGCUGCGAAUUUAUUAGGCUUUGAUAACCAUCUUUGCCUUGGUCAUGCUCUCCAUAAUCUAGUCAAUGUAGAUGGUAUCGCAAACACAAGGGAAAUAUCCAAGUUAUUAAAAAAAUGCAAGAAGAUUGUUAAGCAUGUCCGUUACAGGGCACCACGUGUUGAAGCCGCUGCAUCUGCAGCACAAAAUGAUCUGCUUUCUUUUAUUGAAGAAUUCGCGGAACAUGUAGAGGAUGAAGAUAGCGACUCAACCGAUUCUGAAUCGGAAUCAACUGAGAUACCUGAAAGAGCUUUAAGUUCCAGAAAACAUUUGCAGCCCCCUCCUACUAUUAAAACGAGCACAAGCACAAGAUGGCACAGCGUCUUGAUGAUGCUGAAAAGCAUUUCUAACAGUGCAAAUCGUCAGCCUAUAAAUACAGUUCUGAAUGAAAUAGGUCGAGGUAGUCUCGUAAUACAAGAUAUAGACUAUGAAAAUAUUGAGGCCUUAAUAAAAUUCUUAGAAAAUUUUAAAAAAAUUGUAGAAAUUCUAAGUUCAGAAACUCAGCCAACUAUAAAUUUGGCUCUGGUAUUUCGCUCGGAAAUAAAAAGAUUGCUGGAAGAAAUGGGUGAUGAUGAGCCUCUUGUAAUAAGAAGGCUAAAAAAUAAUAUGUUAGCGGGUUUAGAAUCUCGAUUUCCUUUGACUGAUGUGGUUGUUGCGGCAACCUUACUCGACUGUCGAUUCCAUGGAAUUAAUGAGAUAGAGGAAUUUAUGAAAACAAAAGGAACCACUAAAGUUUCAUUUCUGGCAUCAAUGGUCAGAAGUCGAUUGAUGACAGAAGACAUUCCUCAAAAUAAAAUUACUGAUUCUGCCGGGGAAGUCGGGACGAGUUCUUCCGUUAACGCUGCAAACUUUUUACUGGAUUUGGCCCGAAAGCACAGCGCUACUCAACAAGAUGCCGAAAGUGCUGUUGAAAACGAAUGUUGGACUUAUUUCGCGACAGCAAGUCCUGAACAUUUACAGCCUUACGGUGGAGAUGUUCUGCAAUACUGGAGGGACAAAAAAACUUGUAUGCCAUCAUUAUAUGCUCUCGCACGAUCAAUCUUAAAUAUACCUGCUACAAGCACACCGAGCGAGAGAGUCUUCUCCACAGCUGGACUAGUAAUAACUGCGAAACGUUCUCGACUAAAUCCUAUCAGAGUGAAUAGGAUAGUAUUCAUCCAUGAUAAUUAUGUAUUUUGCAAAGAGUCUUUAAAUAAGUAGUUUUGGUCAGUAAAUUAUUUUUUUAUUUAUAAUACUGAAACAUUUUUGCUAUUCA